UAUGUAGUUAGCCUAAAACGUGAAAAGUGAAAGUAAAACAGCCAUUUCGCCAUUUUGAUGGGAGAUUAGUUUACAUUGUAGAAAAAGAAACGACUUUUCUAUACAUCUACUGUGAUUAAGCAGGAAUCUACGAAUGGAGACGACUUUUUGAUCUAGGGUCAAAGGAGGACAUCAGGCUCAUCAGGUCCAUCUGUGCAGCUCCAUGAGGACUGAACCAUGAAUGUUUCAAAUAAACUGACAGAUGGAGAUUGUGCUCCAGAAUGCAGUUUGAUGCAGAAAGAGAGAUCAGACUCACCACAACCCAGCUGUGUGUCCAUGAAGAGUAACCAGUCAAUGGAACAACCAAUAGCAUUAAAAAAUGAAAGAGUUACUCCUAAGAUUAGUUCAAUUCAGAAAGAGAGAUCAGACUCAGCAGGACCCAGCUGUGUGUCCAUGAAGAGUGACCAGUCCAUGAACCAUCCAGAAACAUUCAAAACUGGAUUUCACCCUAAUAUUAGAGUACAGCAGAAGGAACCAGUAAAUGAACAGCUAUGCAGGACACCAGAACAGAGAAUCAGCUUCACAGAGAGCAGCAUUGAAUCUGAACUUGGUGAAGUUCUGGACAAAUUCAAAUCAAAUCUGAUAAAGAAGUUUCAGUGUCUAUAUGAGGGAACAUCAAAGCAGGGAAACCCGACACUCCUGAAUGAGAUCUACACAGAGCUUUACAUCACAGAGAGUGAAUAUGGAGAGAUCAAUAAUGAGCAUGAGGUGAGACAGAUUGAGACUCAAUCCAGGAGAGCAGAAACAGAGGACACAUCGAUCAAAUGCAGUGACAUCUUUAGACCUUUACCUGGACAAGACAAACCCAUCAGAACUGUGCUGACAAAGGGAGUCGCUGGCAUUGGAAAAACAGUCUCUGUGCAAAAGUUUGUCCUGGACUGGGCUGAAGGGAAAGAGAAUCAGGACAUCCAGCUCAUAUUUCCACUUCCUUUCAGAGAGCUCAAUUUAAUACGGGACCAUAGCCUCAGCCUUUUAGAUCUACUUCAUGUUUUUUUCGCUGAAACAAAAAAUUUGGAUAUUUCCAGCAGUGAAUAUAAAGUGUCAUUCAUCUUUGAUGGUCUGGAUGAGUGUCGUCUGUCUCUGGAUUUUCAGAGCGAUGUGAGGAUGUGUGGUGUGACUGAAUCAGCCUCAGUGGGUGUGCUGCUGACGAACCUCAUUGUGGGUAAUCUGCUUCCCUCUGCUCUCAUCUGGAUCACCUCCAGACCAGCAGCAGCUGAUCUCGUCCCCUCUGAGUGUGUCCAUCGAGUGACAGAGGUACGAGGCUUCAGUGACCCACAGAAGGAGGAAUACUUAAGGAAGAGAAUCAGUGAUCAGAGUCUGGCCAACAGGAUCAUCUCACACCUGAAGUCAUCAAGAAGCCUCUUUAUUAUGUGCCACAUCCCAGUGUUCUGCUGGAUCUCAGCCAUUGUUCUAGAGAAGAUGUUGAGUGAAGCACAGAGUGGAGAGAUUCCCAAGACUCUCACUCAAAUGUACACACACUUCCUGAUAAUUCAGACCAACAUCAAACACGAGAAGGAUUAUGAGAAGACAGUGAAAGAUGAAGACAUGUUUCUCAAACUGGGGAAGCUUGCUUUUCAGCAGCUUAGGAAAGGAAAUCUGAUCUUCUAUGAGGAAGACCUGAGAGAGUGUGGCAUUGAUGCGACAGAAGCAUCAGUGUACUCAGGAUUGUGCACUCAGAUCUUCAGAGAGGAGUUUGUGUUGUAUGAAGAGAAAAUGUACUGCUUUGUUCAUCUGAGCAUUCAGGAACAUCUUGCAGCUCUAUAUGUGCAUCUGUCCUUCGUAAACAAUAACAGAAACAUGUUUGACCAAAACAUUUCACCAACUCAUGAAGCCAAGAAAAAGAAGAUUUCAAUGUCAGACCUGCAUCAGAGAGCUGUGGAUGAGGCGUUAGAUAGUAAAAAUGGACAUUUAGAUCUUUUCCUUCGUUUCCUAUUAGGCCUCUCAAUGGAGUCCAAUCAGAAUCUCUUACAAGGUGCAUUAUCACAGACUGGAAGCACCUCUCACACUAAUGAUGGAACCAUUGUGUUCAUCCAGAUGAGAAUCUGGUGUGAUCCAUCUCCAGAGAAAUCCAUAAAUCUGUUCCACUGUCUGAAUGAACUGGGUGAUCAUUCCCUCGUGAAAGAAAUCCAGCAAUACAUUAAAUUUGGUAAAAUAAAAGAAAUUGAGCUCUCACCUUCACAGUGGUCUGCUUUGGUUUAUGUUUUGCUGACGUCAGAGCAGGAAACUGAUGUGUUUCAACUGAGCAGAUAUACAGGAAAACACAUCACUCCAGAUGAAGCUCUUCUGAAGCUGCUGCCUGUGAUUGAAGCAUCAAGAUCAGCUCAGCUUGAUAAGUAUUUAUCUGAGAAAAGCAUCGCUUCUCUGGCCUCCAUUCUCAGCUCACAGUAUUCAUGCCUGAGAGAACUGGAUCUAUCUGGUAAUAAACUUGGAGACUCAAGAGUGAAGUUGCUCUCUUCUGGGCUGAAGAAUCCACGCUGUAAACUGGAGAUACUGAAGUUGAGCCAUUGUGGUGUCACAGAUGAAGGUUGUGAUGCUCUGGCUUCAGCUCUGAGAUCAAACCCCUCACAUCUGAGAGAACUGAAUCUGUCUAGGAAUAGUCUAGGAGACAGAGGAGUGAUGCUGCUCUCUGCUGGACUGAAGAAUCUUCACUGUAACCUGGAAAUACUGAGGUUGAACAGUUGUGACAUCACAGGUGAAGGUUGUGCUGAUCUGGCUUUAUCUCUGAGAUCAAACCCCUCACACCUGAGAGAACUGGAUCUGUCUAGGAAUUAUCCAGGAGACAGAGGAGUGAUCCUGCUCUCUGAUGGACUGAAGAAUCCUCAAUGUAAACUGGAAAUACUGAGGUUGAGUGGUUGUGGUGUCACAGGUGAAUAUUGUGCUGCUCUGGCUUCAGCUUUGAGAUCAAACCCCUCACAUCUGAGAGAACUGGAUCUGUCUGGGAAUUAUCUAGGAGACAGAGAAGCGAUGCUGCUCUCUGAUGGACUGAAGAAUCCUAAGUGUAAACUGGAAAUACUGAGGUUGAUUUAUUGUGGUGUCACAGGUGAAGGUUGUGAUGCUCUGGCUUCAGCUCUGAGAUCAAACCCCUCACACCUGAGAGAAGUGGAUCUGUCUAGGAAUGAUCUAGGAUACAGUGGAUUGAUGCUGCUCUCAGGUGAACUGAGGAAUCCUCAGUGUAAACUGGAAAUACUGAGGUUGAUUUAUUGUAAUUUCACAGAUGAAGGUUGUUCUGCUCUGGCUUCAGCUCUGAGAUCAAGCCCCUCACACCUGAGAGAACUGAAUCUGUCUAGGAAUAAACUAGGAGACAGAGGAGUGAUGCUGCUCUCUGCUGGACUGGAGAAUCCUCAGUGUAAACUGGAAACACUGAGGUUGAGUGAUUGUGACAUCACUGGUGAAGGUUGUGCUGCUCUGGCUUCAGCUCUGAGAUCAAACCCCUCACACCUGAGAGAACUGAAUCUGUCUGGGAAUAAACUAAGAGACUUAGAAGUGAAGCUGCUCUCAGAUAUACAGGACAAUUCACAUCAGUUGAAAAUUCUGUUUUAAAUUGUUCAAAGCAUAAUUUCCUGGUUCCCUUUCAUGGGAACUGUCGACGCUACGUCAUAUGACGUUAUGGGAACCUUCUGCGUGAUUGUGUCGUGAAGCACUCUUGUAUCUAACCAAUGAUGAGACGAGACGUCAGAGGCGGGUGACGUCACGGACCAGGAAACUAUAAAGCAUACCCAGAACAAAGAACGCUAGCUUCUGUUGUCUUCAGCAAGCGCUCUGUGUUAUCGUGUGUCUUAUUUGGUGUUGUUUGUCUUAUUACAUAAACAAGUCACAAUCUCUUCGUCUGAGGACAAGAGUAUCUCACACCAAUCCAUAUAUUUAUAUAUAAAAAAACAGCAGUUGAAUGGGAGUUGAGCAUGCCCAGGCAGCUCUUGAGGGAGCGGUCUGUGCACACUGUAAAAAAAAAAAAACUCACUCUCAGAACACUGUGUUCCUGUGUUCCCCGCGGAUCGGGUCCCGCUUCUGCUGAGGCAGAGCGGAGGCUCCAUUCGUGGGGUUCACAAUUGGAUCUGACAGAGGGAUUAGAGACGGGCGCCGCCCUUUCUCUGCCCUUACCUGCCAGGUUCAGUGCCGUCUCCCAGGUGGAAGCACGCUCUGCAGUUUCUUCCCCCGGAUUGAGGCACCGGUAUUUCACAUGUCCAGCUCUGAGGAGGUGGAUAUUGUGAUAUCGAUCUGAGGACUCGCCACCUCACACACAUAUCGUGUUUCAAAAUCACACGUUUAUAACAAAUCAAUAGUGAACAGUAGGUUGAAUCGCGUUUCCCCCUGUGCUACACUAUAAAGCGAGUGGGGAUACACGCAGUUUAUGUGUUGUUUGCUGGGAGUGGAGCAUGCACGUCAGCUCACAACUGACAGUGAGCAGUGUUCAUUCAUAAAAAUGUCCCAAAGAGAAGCAUGCACUAGCGGGAGUUUUUUAGCUCCACUCCUGUUGGCUUUAUUCUCGAGGGAAUAAAAGUCUAACGCAAGGCUCGGAUCUCGCACUUGCCAAGGCAGCGCGUAGAUUUAGUUUUCAUUAAAGAAUAUAUAGCUCGGAUCUCGCGUUGCCGAGGCAGCGCGUAGAUUAAGUCUGCAAGAGAGAAUAUACGGCUCGGGUCUCGCGUUUGCAGAGGCUGCGCAUAGAUCACGUGUCCGUAAUUUUAUAUAUAUAUGUAUUUAUAUUUGGAGGGAACUGAGUAGACGGGAGUUUCCCUUUCUCUCUUUCCCUAAAAUACCUUGCGAAUUAUUACGAGCUAUAAUUCUUUUUUGUAUUCUAAAUAUAUUCAGCCUGUUAAAAAAAAAAAAAAAAAUCUGGCUGCAUUUAAUUUGAGGAUUAAAUGAAAUAUUGAAAACAUUAAAAUACAUUAAAUUCUAAGGAAUUUAAAAGAAAAUAAAGGAGACCGUUCUGCCAACCCUGCCACCUCGUGUGCUUCAGGGCGCAGUGGUUUCCAGUGUUCCUCCAAGAAAGAGGAGGGUUGUAGAGCGGUCAGUUCAGAUGUUCCCUGCCGGCUUGCCAUUUCAGGGCACUGGUCUGGCCGUUCAUCCAAAGAAAGUGUCGCCACCCGUGCUCCCACACAGAAAGCUUGGGGACAGGGACAGGCGACACAGCUGAAGUCUUUGUGGGGUAACACAGAUCUGCGGACUGUAAUUAUCACCAAGAAGGCUUCGAAGAGGUCCUGAUGCCAGUGGCAAGGGACAUUGGAGGGCAGCCCCCUCCAGAGAGGGUCGGGUAUUAAAAUACUUGGUACCCAUCCCUCUUUGGCGCCCUCAGGGGGCCGUUCUGCUAACCCUGCCACCCAGUGUGCUUCAGGACGCAGCGGUCUCCACUGACCCUCCGAGGAGGGCCGGUCAUCACUUGAUUCGGCUGUUCCUUGCCAAUUCGCCGUUUCAGGGCGCCGAGUUAAGUGCUCAAAAAACACCAGAGGCCAGUCUCGAGAGACUGGUUCCCUUAGUAAAUUUUCUGGCAGAAUGGAAACUUCUCCCAAAUAUUUCAAAACGGGUGCUGCUCACAAUAGAAAAGGGUUACAAAUUCGGGUCUCGCCCGCCCCAGUUUAUUGGGGUCCUUCCCACAGUGGUGGCCCCAAGCAGUCUCUGGUAAUGGAACAGGAGGUUAUGACGCUCUUGCAAAAAGGAGCUAUAGAAGGGGUUCUCCUCCCAGCAAGCUGUCAGGGUUUUACAACCAGUGCUUCAUUGUUCCAAAGAAGGAUGGAGGGUUAUCCCACAGAUCAGGUCCGAGGACUGGUUUGUUGCGAUAGACCUAAAAGAUGCUUACUUUCAUGUAUCCAUCCAUCCUCAACACAGGAAGUUCCUCAGGUUUGCUUUCGGGGGCAAAGCUUACCUGUACAGGGUUCUUCCCUUUGGCCUUAUCACCCCGCACAUUUACGAAGUGCGUGGAUGCAGCUCUGGCUCCACUGAGACUCCAGGGCAUCCGCGUACUGAACUAUAUCGACGACUGGUUGAUUAUAGCUCAAACAGAACAUCUGGCAGUUCAACAUCGAGAUGUUGUUCUGUCACACAUGAAGAGGCUUGUGCUGAGGCUCAAUGCCAAGAAAAGUGUGCUGGUUCCGGCUCAAAUUACCAACUACUUAGGGGUAGUUUGGGACUCCACCACGAUGCAGGCACAUCUGUCUCCUGCUCGUGUGAGUUCCAUUCUUAAUGCUGUGAAUGGGGUGAAACUAGGCCAGUCACUCACUGUUAAACAGUUUCAAAGACUGUUGGGUCUCAUGGCAGCUGCGUCCAACGGGAUACCUUUUGGCCUGCUGCACAUGAGACCCUUGCAGUGGUGGCUCAGGACCAAGGGGUUUUCUCCGAGGGGAAAUCCUUUUUGCAUGAUCAAAGUCACGCGGCGAUGCCUUCGUGCUCUGGUCGUGUGGAAAAAGCCUUGGUUCCUGUCCCAAGGACCUGUGUUGGUGGUUCCUUGUCGUCGCGUAAUGCUUACGACGGAUGCUUCCCUCACGGGCUGGGGGGCGAUCAUGAGUGGUCGCUCAGCUCAGGGUCUCUGGGAGGACCAUCAGAGUUCCUGGCACAUAAAUCGGCUGGAAAUGAUGGCGGUAUUUCUUGCAGUAAAAUACUUCCUCCCAGACCUGAGGGCCCAUCACAUGUUGGUCCGCACGGACAACAUGUCGGUGGUCUCAUAUCAACCAUCAGGGGGGUCUGCGGUCUCGCCAACUAUGCAAUUGGCCCGUUGGAUCCUCCUGUGGGCCCAUGGGAAGCUCCUCUCACUGAGAGCAGCUUACAUCCCAGGGCAUCAAACGUGGGAGCAGACGCCCUGUCGAGGCAGGGGCCGAGGCCCGGGGAAUGGAGACUCCACCCUGAGUUGGUGGAGCUCACUUUGGAAAACUUUGGUCGAGCGGAAGUCGACCUAUUUGCUUCAGGGGAAUCAACCCAGUGUCCACUGUGGUUCUCCCUAUCUCAUCCAGCACCAUUGGGUCUGGAUGCCAUGGUAUAGACGUGGCCGAGGCUGCGUCUGUAUGCAUUUCCCCGUUCGCUCUGCUCCAGGGAGUUCUGGAGAAAGUACGCCAGGAAGGGGUCAGUCUAAUAUUGAUACACCCAUACUGGCCAACCAAAAUAUGGUUCUCAGACCUACUGUCACUUCUAGAUGGCUCCCUGAUGGAGCUUCCUCUCAGGCAGGACCUCCUGUCUCAAGCGGGCGGCAUGAUAAUUCAUCCACGCCCAGAACUACGGAGACUGUGGGCCUGGCCUCUGAGGGGGCCAGGCUCAUAGAUGCUGGUCUCCCAACUGAGGUUGUGGAGACCAUACUCCACUCCAGAGCUCCCUCCACGAGGAAGUUGUAUGCGUAUAAAUGAAAACUGUUCUCUACUUGGUGUAGACAAAGCAAUGUGGACCCUGUCCACUCUUCUAUUAGCCUUGUGCUUCAAUUUCUCCAAGACAAUUUCUCUGAUGUUUUUAUCCCCUUCAACCUUGAAGGUUUAUGUUGCGACCAUUUCGGCCAUGCUCCUCUGGGGGAUUCCUCGGUAGGUCGAGACCCCCCUUUUUUAUACGCUUCCUCCGUGGUACUCUGAGGCCUUCAGUACGUACAAGGACUCCGGCCUGGGACUUUGGCCGUGGUAUUAGAAGGGUUAGCUAAGGCUCCCUUCGAACCACUAGAGGAAGUUUCAGAGAAACUCCUCACCCUAAAUACCAUAUUUCUACUGGCUAUUUCAUCUCUUAAAGGAAUAGGAGAUCUUCAAGCACUUUCAGUUGCUCCUUUGUGUUUGGAAUUCGCACCUGGAAUGGUCAAAGCGUUCCUGCACACUAGACCAGGCUAUGUGCCUAGGUCUCCACCAACGUCCCGGGUCCCAUCGUACUUCAGGCCUUCUAUCCUCCUACAUUUACAACUUCGGAUCAGGAGAAACUCAAUCUGCUCUGCCCAGUGAGGGCUUUAGAUGCAUAUGUCCACAGAGCUGCCCUGUGGCGUAAAAAAGAUCAAUUGUUUGUGUGUUACAGGUCUCCUAAGAAAGGAGGCCCAACAUCUAAGCAGAGAAUGAGGAAGUGGGUGGUCGAGGCUAUCUCACUUGCUUAUGAGGCGGCCGGACAACCAUCUCCAUUAGCUGUCCGUGUCCACUCUACUAGGGGUAUGGCUGCCUCAAAGGCAGGAGUAUCCAUUAAUGACACAUGUGAUUCAGCUGGAUGGUCAUCCCAGCACACAUUUAUUAGGUUUUAUAACCUGGAUAUAGGCUCCACUCCGGGGUCGUCAGUUCUGUCUACAAGAUAACAGACAGGUACUUGGUUCUACGGCGUAGUUGGGACAGUGUUCCCAUAACGUCAUAUGACGUAGCGUCGACAGUUCCCAUGAAAGGGAACGUCUCGGGUUACUUGUGUAACCCUGGUUCCCUGAAUAGGGAACGAGACGCUACGUCGCGUUGCCGUAUCCCUGGCAUACCUGUGAGCGUGUUGCUUCAGCCAUAAUCCAGAAGCUAGCGUUCUUUGUUCUGGGUAUGCUUUAUAGUUUCCUGGUCCGUGACGUCACCCGCCUCUGACGUCUCGUCUCAUCAUUGGUUAGAUACAAGAGUGCUUCACGACGCAAUCACGCAGAAGGUUCCCAUAACGUCAUAUGACGUAGCGUCUCGUUCCCUAUUCAGGGAACCAGGGUUACACAAGUAACCCGAGAAGUUUUCUCAAGUUUUACCUGUGGUAGAAAUUCACCUGUAAAAUAAAGUCAAACCACUCAGUUGUAAAAAUGAAUCAAAGUCUUAUUCCAAAUGAAGCUGGGCUGCUUCUCUGCAGAGAGCUACUAAAGUGAGCUCUACAACAAAAUAUAUUUAUUUAGUAAAAUCAUAACGAUCAUAACGAGCAGCAGAAUUUUUAUUAUGCCACAGUCGCUGGCGCCGCUUCUUCCGGUCAAGUGUAUGAGGUAACACAGCGCUGUUUAUCAUAUUACAUACAUUUGACUGUGUUGAAAAUAUAACGUUAUAACGUUACUCUGUGCAUUCGCUCAGCGGCUGCUGUGAGACACUUGUUGCACACUGCAGUAGAUAGAUCGAUUUUAGAAUAUCAUAUUAAAAUUCUGGAUGGCUUGUGUUGAUAAAUGCAUGCAAUUAAUUUUAAAACAUAUUGUAUGAUGGAGAAAAUGCUGUAUUAGCUACUUGACAAAAUAUUUUUUUCUCUGAGGCAUGAUAAAAGCAUGGUACUCGCAAAAAAUCAAGAAAACUAGAUUUAAACAAUAAGACUAAAAGUGUUGAUCUAUAUAACAACAAUUAGUCUUCUGUCUAUAAAUGUAACUAAACAGUUGUUCCCUUGUCUAAUAAAACAUUAAUAUAAUAAAGCAUCUUUGGUGUUUCCAUGGUAACCGAGGAAACCGAGGGUAACGCGGGUAUAAUGCCAUUGACAGGCGACUCCUCACACAUCCCGGAGCCUUGGUUAAAAUUGCAAUUUUCUCACGAUUUACAAAUAGUUGGAAACAUUUGGGAUAUUGUAAGUACUCAACUGAACAAAAUAUAUAACACUGGCCUAGUGGUUUUUGGAUAUUUACUGCAAAAAUCUUACAUAUUGUGCCUUUAAAAUACUCAGACAUUUAUGGUCAUAAGAGUAACACCAUUCAAAUUUGUGAAGGGUUAACAAGGCUUAUUAACAAAACAUUGCUUGUAUAAUAAAGCAAACAAAAAUCAUUUUCUGCCGUCUCGGUUUCCUUUCCGUGAACUGAACCGAAACUCAGCAUAUAGAUAUAGCAUUUUGUUAAUAUGUUAAUUAUUUAAGUGAAAUAUAUUUCGAGUAUAGGCAUAGGCUAUUUAUUCCUUUUAUAUGAUUUUAUCCUGUUUUUUCACAGAAGCGCUGAAGGUGCGUGAUCAUGAUGAAUCCUCAUGUUCUGUUGUUUAUUCUGCUGUUUGUGAAUGUAAUGGGUCACAGACACUUGUCCAUUCUAAUUUCGUUUAAUUCUAUAAUCUUGUCGGUUAAUAAAAGGUUAAUGAUCGCGUCGGUGGAAGGUCAGGAAAAAAAACCCUGAAAUGAUAUUGACAAGGCAACUUUUCUAAUGUUUGUUUAGUUUUUCAACUAAUAUUUAUAUUUUCUUAUAUUUCAGGUUUCUUUCAAUUAGCAUGAAUGUUUUUAAUAGUUUUAGUGGUAACACUUUACAAUAAGGUUCUAGGUUAAACAUUAAUUAAUGUAUUAACUAACAUGAACUAACCAUGAGUAAUACAUUUGUUACUGUAUUUACUAAUCUUCGUUAAUGUUAGUUAAUGAAAAUACAGCUGUUCAUUGUUUGUUCAUGUUAGUUCACAGUGCAUUAACUAAUGUUAACAAGAUUUUAAUAAUGUAUUAGUAAAUGUUGAAAUUAACAUUAACAAAGAUGUUUUUUAACUAAGAUGUUGUUCUUAAAGUCACAGUAAUGAAUGAGGUGUCAAAUCGUGCGGAUUACUGAGGAAUCGUGUGCUAUGACUUUUAUAAGCGAUCAGGUGUACGAUGUAUGAAAAAUCGCCCAAAAAAAGUCCCAUAGACUUUGCAUUGCGACCAACUUUGACGAGUCAUAGCUCAGAGCGAGGAUUUGGUAGAAAAGUGGGUUACUACGUUUGAAGAGGCUGUCAGACUCUGUAAGACCAUACACAUACCUGCUGCAAUGGGGUGUAAGUUGUACCCCUGGGGCGCAAAAGCUGCCCAAAGUUGCCCCAUAGACAUACUAUGGUGAAGCCGUGCCCAUGAAACAGGGAUUGUGCAUGUUUUUCCUACUAUUGUAACUUACAUAGAGAUUUUGUAUUGAACAUAACUCUGGAUCACAGUGUCAUAGAGACAAGGGGGUGGGCUCAUUUCACUCAGGCAACCAAUCAUUCUCUCAGGAUCAAUGUGAAGAAUCAAGCCAUGCCCUAGCAACCAUUUAGAGCACCCUUGCAACAAGUUCCAUAGACUUCCAUUCAAAAAGGUCAAAGGGAUAUCAAAGGGAUAUCUUUAGAUAGAAGUGUCAUAGAAACAUGAGGGUGGGCUCAUUUGACUCGGGGCAGCAAACGGCCAAUCACAAAUCACCUUCAACACUUCAUAGCCACACCCUAGCAACCAUUUAGAGCACCCUAGCAACACAAACACAAAGAGGCAUAUCUUCAAAUCCAAAUGUCAGAGGCAUGGGGGUUGGUUUUUAUCAUUCAUAUUGGCAAGCAGCCUUUGGAGUAUCAUCACUGGCAGCUGCCAAGCCACUCCCUAGCAACUAAACAGAGUACCCUAGCAACCUGUUCAACAAAGCCUAUAUCUCUGCAUCAGAACAUCAUAGAGACAUGGGGGUUGGCUCUUUUGACUAAUGCUAGCAAACUGGACUUCCAACAUGCUACAUGCUAGCAGUGAAUAGCUACAUGCUAAUAUCAAUCAGGUUAGGGUUAAAACAUGACACAAACAAGUCUAAAUGUGUUAGCAUCAUGUUAGUAGCAUGCUAAAAACAUGCUAGCAGCAUGGUAAUCAUGUUAGAAUCUUGUUAAAAACAUGUUAGCAACAUGUUAAUCAUGUUAGCAUCAUGCUAACAGCAUGCUAAUGGUGUUAGCAUCAUGCUAGCAACAUGCUAAUCAUGUAAGCAUCUUGCUAAAAACAUGCUAGCAGCACAGUAAUCAUGUUAGCAUCAUGUUAACAGCAUGUUAAUUGUGUUAGCUUCAUACUAACAACAUGCAUGUUAACAUCAUGCUAGCAACAUGCCAAUCAUGUUAACAUCUUGUUAAAAACAAGCUAGCAAUAUGGUAAUAAUUCUAGGAUAAUGCUAACAGCAUGCUAAUCAAAAGUGACUCACAUUUUCUUUAGGAAAUGUACAUUCCAGUUAUGAGCGUUAUGGGAACGUAAUAUGGCGGCGCCGUUGACGUAUGAUCCAGCGUCUAAUAGGGGAUGUCUAUGCCCAUAACGCUCAAAACUGGAAUUGGGAAAAAUGCUUCGUGUGCUGCUUGGGGCUGUACAAAUCGCUGCACAUUUGUAAACAGGUCUUGGAGAAUUACCUUUCACAUGUAAGACUGAACAUUUGUUUAUGGUUGUAUUUGGUCAUUAUAUAAUUAUAUUGAUAGUAGUUGGCCACCGUAGUCAGUCAGACUUAAAUAGCUAGCGAUGUUGCUAGUUAGCUGUGAAAGUUGAGACAUGAGUUUACAUGAUUUCUAUUAUAGUUUUAGCUUAUAUUAUAUCUUAUUUUAUAAACUAAAUUUCCUGAAAUUUAAAUAUGCAUCUUUAUUUUCUUAAAACCGACUUUUAUGACAAGUACUCGCUAGGUGACUGACAUUUUGUAAAUCUUACUGUAACGUUAGUUAGUUGGCUAGCUAACUUUUCUCACACAUUGAAGGUUUCCCAAAGACAAAGAGUUGAGGAGACAGUGGGAAGUAGCUAUAAGAAGGGAAGGUCUUCUGUGCUAUGCAGUGAGCACUUCAAGCCGGAGGACUUUGACAGGACAGGUCAGACUGUCAGGAUUAGCUAGGAUGGAGCUAAACCAUCGGUCUUCAGUUUCCCAACCCAUCUACAAAGAGUAGGUGUAUGAUCACUAGAUUAUUUAAUAGUUUGCCAUUAAAUGGUGAUUUGUUUAUAUGUUUAUAUUUUUAUUAUGGCCCUAUAUUCAAACCUCUCUGUCUCUCACCGAAAAAUGAAAUUUUUAUGAAAACAAUCACAAAAAAAAUUGUCUUAAUUAACUACUCCUAAUUCCAUCACAGAUGAGUAUGACUUUCAUUGUUUAUCUGAACACUUUACUGAAAACUGAAGUGUCAGGGUUCUGUCACUUCUUUCUAGUUUGUUUCUUGGUUUGUGACAGAGCUCUGACACUGCUAUUGUCUCGCCUGGUCUUGUCAUGUUGAGCGUGUGGUUCCGAGUCUGCUUGGGCCGCAUGCUGUCCAUGUGAGUUGUCUUGUGUGCUGGGCAUGGUGUUCGGAUCCCGGCACUUCGGUCUAGUUUGGUUUCGGUUUUGUGUCGGGAUUCGGACAUUCAUGCUCAGUGUGUUUAUCUCUUGUGUGUGCACGGAAUGAGCAUUCACUCGUUCUUCCUACAAAGAUUGUUCUCAUUUGCAAAACUAUAAGUCAAUAAAUCAAAAACCACAGCCAAUCAGAACACAGUGUGUGCGGGCUCUCGCGGCAUUUGCACAGCACCAGAGAUUAAACUUGACGGCACUCGCAUGAAAAAGAUCAACGUUGAUAAUCAAAUUCACAAAUAUUACAACAUUUAAACAUUAUUAUAAUAUAUACUGAGCUACUAAAACAAUCUUUGUCAUAUAAUACACUUGUUUGUUCACAUUCUUGCUUCCAUUUGUUUAAUUUCAAGAUCUGAGGUGAACUAUCCAUUGUUGCUUUUACUACGACUACAAAGCUGGGAGCACUAAAUGAUAUUCAGAGUCACGUUACAGGCUUUUAACAUUAAGUAAAGCACAUAAACAUUACCUUAGAUUAACAUUACCGUACUUUGUGUUGUUGUUCCAGCUGCGACUUUGCAAAAAAUAGAAACCGUUUCUAAGAUUGAAUCGUCACAUGUCGCUAUCGCGGCUGGUUAGGACAACCGGUAACUUAAACACCUCUGAUUGGUCAUUAUUUUCAACACAAAUCCCUGUGAUUGGCUACAAUACUCAACUCUGCAAAAUCAUGUUGUGACACAUUGGCAGCUCCGUUGAUCUUACGUAACCAGAUCGCUUUAAUUUACUUACUUUUCUGUUUUAUUUAAAAAUAGAAAUUAUAUGUUACACAUAGUAAUAUAAUUUUGUUAAUCCUGCAUGCAAUGACUAAAAUUAUAUAAAUUGCAUUGACUUGACCAGGCAGCCAAUUGACGCCCCUGUUUACAUCUGCCGCAUGCUUUCUUGUUAUGUUUUGUGUGAACACGCAGCUUAUGAGUUUCUCAUAGUUGUGUGCUCAUGUCUCGUUGUGUGUUCAUUUCUCGUUUUGUGUGAGCACAUGGCUUGUGAUUUGUUUUCAUUGGCCAUGUGCUUGUGUUUUUGUCAUGUUUGGUGUGAGCACAUGGCUUGUCAUGUGUUUCCUUGUGCCAUGUGCUCUCAUAUCUAUUGUCUUGACCCCGCCCAUUUUGUUACCUCAUUAUUGGUUCAUUUGCCCCACCUGUCCUCCCUUAUUACCUGCCUUGUUUGCUCUCCUAUUUAUUCUCCUUGUGUUUGCAGUCCUGUGUGAGUUUGUUGUUUGAUGUUACCUGUUGUGUUGCUUGCCCGUUCCAGUCCUGCCCAGUCGUGAUGGCGAAAUGAAGCUUUGUGAAGCACAGAGACUUUCCCCUCAAGUGUAUCGUAAAAAGGUUCAUUACUCGAAGCUUUUCAACACUGUGCAUACUAACGACAUCUUGUGGUCAAAAGGUGGAAAAAAACUGCCUUUUAACUGCCCAGUUAUUUUUGGACUGUUUCAUGUAAUAAAUCAGUUUGUGCUAUGAAAAGUGUAUAAAACAAUGUAAAUUAUUAUUAUACAUAAAAAAAGUCUUUUACGUGUCAUUUUAAAUGACACGUAAAAUGACACGCUUCCUAGCAUUGUUCGGGAAGCAGACACACUCUGUCAGUUUAAAUCUAGACUAAAAACGCAUCUCUUUAACCUGGCAUACACAUAACACAUUACCAAUUUAUAUUUCCAAAUCCGUUAAAGGAUUAUUAGGCUGCAUAAAUUAGGUCAGCCGGAACCGGGAACACUUCCUAUAACACCUGAUGUACUCGUUACAUCAGAAGAAGAAUGGCAUCUACGCUAAUAUUAGUCUUUCUGUUUAUCCCGAGGUUCACCGUAGUCAACCGGAUCCGGGCCGUAUCCAGGUGAGACCAAAAACCUGCACCUUGACACGACCACAACGCAGCCCUGAAGUAUCAGCAGAGAUUGAGUCAACUAGAUCAUCCCCUGUGAAGGCCUCAUCGACACGACAGCCACGACACAGUUCCUCAACAACCGUCCAUACCGGCGUGAUGAAUACGAUCCUCAAUUGGAUGGAACUGAAAUAAAUACUUUUAAUGUUGCGAUCCUAUUGGACUUAUGAUAGCAACCUGAAUUGUAACAAAGCACUGUUGGCCAGAGGAGAACUGGCACCCCGACUAAGCCUGGUUUCUCCCAAGGUUUUUUUCUCCAUUUUAACACCAAUUUGCCACUUGUCUGCCACCUGAUGUCACCUGAUGGAGUUUGGGUUCCUUGCCGCUGUCGCCUCUGGCUUGCUUAGUUGGGGACACUUGACUUGACAUUUGAUAUUCAACAGUGCUUUUGAUCUGCCUGCAUUGACACUAUUCUUUAAGAGCUGCUGUGCAGCCAAACAAUGUACCAGUUAUCAAUGUAAAGCUGCUUUGACACAAUCUACAUUGUAAAAAGCGCUAUAUAAAUAAAGGUGACUUGACUUGACUUGACUUUUACUUACACAAUUUGAAUAAAUGAGUCUGAAUAAAUUUUGGGGGAGAAAAUAGACAAGCUUGGACAUAUAUUAUCAAAAUAAAUUAUUGUCAUAGAAUGAAGUAUGAACUGAGAAUACAUACAAACUGAACACGUAAAUAUUUAUUUGUAUUAUGACAUAUUAUUUUGCUGAAAAGCAAAUGACACCACAUCUGUGCAAGGGUUCACGUUAUGUGAAUCAGAAUACGAAGCAGUCAUGUGGUUGUGUGCGAAAAUGAAGCUUCGGACGUCACCGAUCACGUGGUUAUGGCAAAAUGAAUCAAGCUCCGAUACAGUGCUUUACUGUGAGAUGUUUCGGGUUUUUUUGAUACAACGUCACAUCACUACUGCCCAGUCCUGCCCAGCCAGUCAGCUACCAGUUAUGUUUUUCGCCCAUGGGGUAGUUUUUGCUGUUGAUUUUGAUUCAUUUUUUGAUUUUGAUUCAUUUUCUAUCUAAUAAAAGCUCAUUCGUUCCUGCAA